AUGUUUGGUCACCUGAUUACUAUAGCUUAGCUAUCUAUCACUCUUGGUUAAGGUUAUGUUCUGAAGUUUGAUACAGCCUUUGGAAGUGUAAGAUAAGUGAUCUGUAAAAAAUGGAUUUAAAAGCUGAGCUACUGAAAUCUAUCUGGUAUGCAUUCACUGCUCUCGAUGUAGAAAAAAGUGGGAAGGUGUCCAAGUCGCAGCUAAAGGUUUUGUCCCACAAUUUGUACACAGCACUGAAUAUUCCCCAUGACCCAGUAGCACUGGAAGAACAUUUUCGGGAUAAUGAUGAUGGUCCAGUCUCUAGCCAGGGGUACAUGCCAUAUCUGAACAAGUAUAUCUUGGAUAAGGUGAAAGAGGGUUCAUUUCAGAAGGAACAAUUUGAUGAACUUUGCUGGAUGCUGUCUGCCAAGAAGAACUACAGGCCAGAAGGGAUUACAGGUCUAGUGUCGAGGAGACAAGCUUUUCAGAUCUGGUGUCUAUUCAUUCUGCUCUCUGAGGACAAGUACCCCCUUGUCAUGGUACCAGAAGAGGUUGCUUACUUACUAAAGAAGUUUACAACUGCAAUGGGACUAGAGUGGCAACAAGAAAUCCUAGAUGAAAUGUAUUCCCAGAAUUCUUCUUACACCAGUGGCAUUUCUGUCUGGAACUUACUAGAAAUUAUAGAAUCAGGUCGAUUCUCAGCAGUGACCACCAAGGAGAGUUUUAACCUGGCAAUCGUAGAUGUUUUCCAGGAAAUGUACCAUGAUGUCUUAAAGAAGGGUUAUCUGUGGAAGAAAGGUCAAGUACGCCGGAACUGGAAUGAAAGAUGGUUUGUGCUGAAGCCCACAAACAUCUUCUACUAUGUGGAUGAGGACAUGAAAGAACAGAAGGGGGAAAUUCAUCUGGACAGCAACACCGUUGUGGAGGCUAUGCCAGACAAGGAGGGUAGAAGAUGUCUCUUCUGUAUCAAGACUUUAAACCGGACAUUUGAACUCAGUGCUUCUGACGUGAGGCUUCGACAGGAGUGGAUGCAGGGCAUUCAAACCGCUGUGCGACUGCUGGUAGAAGGGAAGACUUCACUACACAAAGAUCUCAAAAUGAAGCGCAGGGAACAGCGACAACAGAAUGAAAAGAAGAAACUGGAGAAAGAAGGUGAACUAAGCCAGUUGAAACAGUUACAGGAGGAGAAGGAAUGGCAACUCCAGCAAACUGAAGAAAUUAAAAAGAGUCAGAUGGAACUAGAAGAGCGUCGGAAAGAACUGGAGCAGCAGGGACUGAAACAGCAGGAAGAUCUGCAAAAAGCUUUGGAGAAACAGCUGAGAGAGACAGAGGAGGCUCGUGCAAGCAUGGCAGCAGAAAUAGAGGAAAAGAAGAAAGAGGCUGAGAUGCAGCAGCAGAAAAUUCAAGAGCUGGAAAUAAUGAAACAUAAAAUGGAAAUGGCUCUGAACUAUGAAAUUGAGGCUAGGAUGGAAGAGGAGAAGGCACGUGUUGCUCAAGCUAGACUACUUACAGAAGAAGAGAUAAUGCUGAAACAGCUGAUGUCCUUAAAGGAAGAACAGGAGGAAAUGAUCCAAAAGACUCAGCAGGAGAAGGAAAAGCUGCAGCAUGAAAUGGCAGAAAAAGCCAAGGAGCUGGAGAAGGCUUAUUCUGAACUACAAGACCUUAGGCAAACACGGAAGCAGAGUAACCAGAAUUUAGUGCAAGCUGAAAAGAAUCUUCGCAGGGCAAGUCGUACUGUGAAACACUGGAAUGUGCAGCUAAAUCGGCUAAUGCAGCCCAUUUCUCCAGGAGGAAGACAGAACAAAUUAAUCAUUUCCCACAGAGGAGACAUAGCAUUAAUUUGUAAUGAUUCUGCAAACAAUGAACAGCAACAAGUUUCCAAGUCCAGUCAGUCAGAAUCACCUUCAGAGGACUCCUCAGGUGAUCCUGAGGAAGGCAUCAAAGACCAACUUGAGGAUAUGGCAAUCUCCAAAGACAGAAUUUCACCAACACAGCCCAAUGGGGUAGGAUCCUAAGCAAGUCAAAGGCCAUAAAGCAAGUCACUAGCAAAACACUAAAGUGGUUAACAUGGGUCACGGUAACAAAGCAAUGUGUAAUACAGACAUGGCAAAGAUGUCCCGGUAUGCUAACUCCUCAUUGGCUUAUUCAGUUCAGAGUAAAGGUUUAAAAGGUGAAACUGCCACUGCAUCCACCAGACUAAAACUAUUGAUUAUGAUUUUUAAAAAGUCAGCAUUUUCAUUUGUUCACACGGAGUAUUGAGAAACAAGGACAGAGAAAGUCGUAGUCGAUUCACUCAAUGUAAGAUUGAAAUAAGAUCAUGUAAAGGAUCCCAAAGGCUUUGUUAAAGAUUCUUCUAGAAGUCUAUUAUUUAUUAUGCUUUGCACAUUGUUUAAUGAAGUGCCUCAGCUCUGUGGGUUUGAUUUUUAUGCAGGGGACAUACAUUGUGUAUCUGUCAGAUAAGCAAAACUGCUAGAGAAUAUUGUUUUAUUCUUACCUGAGUUAUUAGUUCUUGGAUUAUCCUAAAUAGUUUUUUUAAUUAAAAUCAGUCUGAACUGUCAAUACCAUGAGGAUUAUUUUUGUAUUUGCAAUGACAGGUAUUAAAUAAAAUUAAAACUAUUAAGCAUUAAAUGCUGUUGCUAACCAGUGCACUGGAGAAUACAUUAGUAUGCAUAAUUAACAAUCUUAAGCAGGUUAAUGAAGUGUUUUUUUCACUGUUAACAUAAAAAUGUCUAACAAGAAUGGCAAUGUAACUGUUAACUCAGAGCUUUUUGUCCCCUGCUGUUUUUGACUAAACACCACAGUAAGGUAUUAUGCCUCGCUUUUGGUUUUAAACUUAAUGUCCACCAUUUGUUUCAUUUUUGUUGUUCCUUCAAACAUAUGAAUGUUUUUAUCAUCAAUAAAAUAAUGUACAG